UCGUAUGGCUUCAAAGCUGCGGUUGACAUAGCAACCAUAGUGUAAUUUUCAUAAUAGGCGCGCUUCCUCGCUAUUCCGAUCAACGGCUAGGAUAACACGGGGAGUCCGUCUCAUUUGGUGGCUAAGGGCGAUGAGCGGACGAUGAUGCAGAUGAAUACAUGAAUUCGUAUAUUGUAAAAAUCAGACACGGAGUACAAAUCUUCGAAUCAAGAUGUUAAUUUCACCAUGAUAAACAAGCAUUCUUCGGUUUCGUGACAAGUCGUUUUUGGCGGGAAAAGAUUGCGCUCGCCUGGAAAAGGCGUGAUUAACAUUUUGACGUCGAGAAAGGAAAUAUGUACGUACUGCUACGUUUCUAAAGAAAGGAGGAAAACAACGACGUGUGUAAUCUAUCGAUUUGUAAUAAGACUUGCAGGAGCGGACAGAUCAAGUUCUGUAUUGUUUUAUACACACCAAUAGCGUAAUAAUGGGUAAUGGAGCCUCAUACAAUAAGCCACGCACCAUUUAUUUGGAUCUUGAUGGGAGGAUAGAAAAGAUCAUCUUCAGUACCCAUUGUGGAUCCAGGGAUAUCCAUGAUCUAUUGACCUCGGCUGCCGGUGUGAGUAGAUGGGCAACAAUAGCUCUCAAGGAUCAGCAAGGAGCAUUAGUUUCCAUAGCUCCAACAAUGCCCAGUAACACAACAAGGGAUCCCUACAAGGUGGUUGUCACUCAAAGCCGUCCUGGUGAAGCUCACGACGAAGUGCUCCAUGGAGUUCUCACUCACGUUUCUGAACAAAUGACAAAGGCUUUUAGGAUCAACGAGAUGAAAGAUGAGAUGCUUAAUCGACUGAACGUGAUGCAGCAAAGAAUCGAAAGCAACGAGCAAGCGGUACCUGAACAGCAAUUGGAGGGCAUGAAAGCCAUAGAGAUUGAGAAAUGCAAGAUGGAGAUAAGAGCAAUCAAGGACGAACUACUUGCAGCAAAAAGCCGCCAUGCAAAUUUCUGUAAGUGCACCAUACCAGCCGCUCUGGGGAACGACACACAGAUCGUCGCAAAGCGUGAUGUCCCAAAAUACCCGAAGUACACCCUUUCAAGGGAGACAAAGGAAUACCUCAAGAAACCCACGUUUGAUAUCUGGCAUUGGGAAUCUAAUGAGAUGUUGUGUCUCCUGGAGCAUAUGUACCACGAAUUGGGUUUAGUAAACGAGUUUCAUAUGAAUCCGAUUGUACUCAGGCGAUUUCUGCUUUGCGUCCAGGAGAACUACCGUAAUAACCCGUUCCAUAAUUUCCGUCACUGCUUCUGUGUGACGCAGAUGAUGUAUGGUAUGAUAUACCUGUGUGAUCUUCAGUCCAAGUUUUGUCUCUCAGACCUUGGUAUCCUUCUCACAGCGGCAGUGUGUCAUGAUUUAGACCACCCUGGUUUCAACAACACGUAUCAGAUAAAUGCUCGUACCGAUCUGGCUAUCCGGUACAACGACAUAUCACCGUUAGAAAACCACCAUUGUGCAGUAGCCUUCAAGAUCAUCAGCAAUCCAGAGUGUAACAUUUUCCGUAACGUACCCGAAGAACAGUUCAAGGACAUCCGGCAGGGUAUCAUCAUGCUCAUCAUGGCAACCGAUAUGGCUCGUCAUUCUGAGAUUCUGGAUCAGUUUAAGGCCCAGGUGGAAGGUGGUUUCGACUUUGAAAACCAGGAACAUCUCAACUAUCUUCGAAUGGUUUUGAUCAAGUGUUGUGAUAUCUCCAACGAGGUGCGUCCAUCUGAUGUAUCGGAGCCGUGGGUGGAUUGCUUACUCGAAGAAUAUUUCAUGCAGAGCGACCGAGAGAAGAUUGAGGGGCUACCUGUUGCGUCAUUCAUGGACCGUGAUAAAGUCACUAAACCAACCGCUCAAGUUGGUUUCAUCAAGUUUGUUCUUAUUCCUAUGUUUGAAGUGGUUGCCAAGCUUUUUACCCAGCUUAACGAUUCCGUUGUGGAGCCACUGAGGUCCGCCCUCUAUCGAUACGAGGAGCAGAAGUUGAAGGAAGAUCAGAUUAAAGAAAAAAUGAGAGAGAAGGCAAGGCUUCGCGCAGAGCAGGAAGGCGUGGACUAGACAUCUAUAACUGACCAAUCAAAGGCUAUCUUCACUUUUAUUCUUGCUACAGACUACAAACAUAUAUUUUCGCACUAUCACGGGUCAUUUUGAAUGCCUUCAAUUUUCUAACGAAAUCGGUGCGAUGUGAUAUCAAGCAUAAUGGCGAGACGGUGCUUGUCUAAUUUCUGUAAAUAUGCAAAGCUGUGUUGUGUAAAUUUAUUUGCAUUUGUGAUUUUGACUGGUCUUAUCACAAUGGUUCAUAAAUGUAUCAUUCAUUUUAUAAUAUUAUUAAUAAUAAAUAUUAUCAUUAUUAUUUUCUUUCUUUUUUUUGCAAUUUUUCACUACCUGAUUAUUUUACGAGAGUAACAAAAGAAAAGAAAGUCUGAAAUGAUAGUGAUGAUGAUGAACACCAUUUUGCAAAGCGUCAUUUAUAAAAAAGGAAAAAAAAAUAUUCAAAUGCACCAGCUCUAUCUCCAAUAUGCAUGAUAUAUCAUACGUUACAUUCUGGAAAAGAUGGGUGCUUAGUUCAGAUUUGAAUGUCUCAAUUAUGUGACAAUUACGAAGUUGGAUUGAUGGAGAAUUCCAAAGACAAUGAGCCACAAGUCCAACCGAAUAAUAUUAUGAUAAUCUCAUUUGUACUUGAUACUUGGUUAUACUGGUAUACGCCACGACCAAGCUAUUUACUGAAAUUGCAAAAAUACAUGUAUAAGAAAUUAUAAAUAAUAAACGUAAUUAACAUACAUUGAAUAGAAAUGGCAAUUAUAAUAAAGUUCAAACCGAUCUCAUAUCCUAGCAUUUUAUUUUAUAAACCAUUUCUUAAACUACAAGUUUCCUAAUUUUAUUUUUAUCUUCCAAUUUUGAUAUAAAUUUUGUAUUUUUAAAGAUCCUUAGAUUAAUUUUCGGAGCGCAAUUACUGAAACCCGUCAAAACAGUGGUCAUCUUUGGGUUGUAUUAUAUGUUGUAUUGUAUGAUAUUUGUGUGUAUAAAAGAAUGUUUUAUUGGGCCAAGAUGUUGGUUAAUUUUAUUAGAAUCCUUGUUAAUUUCCGAAUCGCAACUACUGGAACUCAGUCAUUUUUUGUCUCACGUACAUAGCAGAGUGAGACUAUCGGCGCCACUUUUUCCGACGGCGGCGGCGUCG